CAGCACUCCAUCCUCCUCGGCCGCAUUCACAUUUCAACAUCAAUUCUUCCCGUCGUUCACCCCUAGACUCUUCACGAAACUGUGCGUGGAGAAUGCUUUUUGAUCCUGAGACCUCAAGCGAUCUCAAAACCUGGCUAGUGAAGAACCUUGAACCAAUAUGCGACGCGGAACCUGGUGCUCUCGCAGAAUAUAUACUUGCUCUGCUCAAGCACAACGCGCCUGAAUCAGAGCUCCGAAAGGAACUGUCGGGCCAGCUGGAGGAAUUCCUUGAAAAAGAGAAUACUCCCUUCCUUGACACAUUGUUCACCGCAUUACGGACGAAGUCUUACAUGCCUUAUUCUGCUGCAUCGCCGACAGGAUAUCCUUCGUCCAACGGCGAGGACAAUGGUAUUCCCAUCCCGCUUGACGCUCUGCUUACUUCUUCAAUCUCUACAUCGCCGAGCCGGGGUCUUAAACGCAGCCUUGACCAUGAAGACCACGACUCUCACGCGCCUGCAAAGGGACCCCGCACAAAUGAUGGCCACUUCUCGCGAUAUGGACGGAACGACCGUCGGUCAUCAUGGGGUGAUCGUGGUGAUCGAGGUGCCCGAAUGGGCGGCGCAGGACGUGGCGAUUACAUGGAUGGUGGUAUGGGUAGGGGACCGAGUGGUCAUGGCAGGGGGAUCUGCAGGGAUUAUUACAACCACGGAUACUGCGCGCGAGGAGCGUUCUGCAAGUACAGUCACGGCGACGACGCGGUUGUUCCUUCGCAAUUAUUCCCCAUGGCUGGUCCCAUGGGUGUUGGGCCGCUGCCCUUCGUCCCGAUGCUCCCAGGAGCAAUGCCAUUUGGCAUAUCUGGCGGCUCAAAUGCAGCGUACGAUCCUCGCGAGCGCAUGGAUAUGCGACCAGUGCAAGGAGCUGGGCUGGACGUGGGCGACCGGCCAAUCAAUGCUCGCGCGCCUAUGGUCCCACGAGAGCGCGGUGCCGGCAGUCCUACAGCACCAAAUCUUGGAGAGCUCCCUGCGAUGCAAGACCUGACCGGUGAUAUGGGAGGGGCCUCCGGCGGCGACAUGAAUGGAAGCAGCGGGAUGAUGGCCAUGCAGGGCAUAGAGAUGACGGGCGCGCCCGCUUUACCUAAUGGACAUGGUCGAGGUGGAUACCGGGGAGGAAGGGGUGGUGGCGGUCGUGGCGUGUUCGGCGGAGAGGUGCAGAACUUCCGACCGGACAGACACACUGACAAGACGCUUGUGGUGGAGAAGAUUCCACAAGAUAAGCUGAGCCUGGGCGCGGUGAACGAAUGGUUCAAGCGCUUCGGUAAUGUCACGAACGUCGCCGUCGACGCGGCGAAUGGGAAGGCGCUGGUCAGCUUCUCAAGCCAUGCCGAGGCGCAUACUGCAUGGAGAUCGAAGGACGCAGUCUUUGACAAUCGGUUCGUCAAGGUGUACUGGCAUAAGCCAAUGGAAGGCCACGGACAGUUAGGUGCGCGUAUGCUAGCGGCAUCCGCACCCUUGAUGGCGAACAUUGCCGCCCGAGAGACUGCCCCUACCACUAUUUCACCAGAGUCAUCUACCACCCAGCCUGCACCUUCCACACCUACACCCAUUCGCAAGUCCUCGACACCAUCUGCAGCCGCGGCAUUAGCUGCGAAACAACGACUGCUCGAGCAGCAGAUCGCCGAGCAGAAGUCGCUCAUGGCGAAGCUCGGCACUGCAUCUUCGCAGGAGAAGAAAGAGAUCAUGGCACGAUUGCGGAAGUUGGGUGAGGAGAUGAAGCCCUUGGCAACGCCUUCACCGGCCACACCGCCCGCUAGUGCAGCAACGGCGAAGUCAAGAGGUAUUACUCCCAGCGCGGACGAGAAGGAACGGCUUGAGCGAGAGCGACUCGACAAGGAGCUGGAACUGCACCAUGCAGUGAGUGCUGCUGAGGGGGAAAUGGAGGAAAACACGGAGGAGCUGAAGGCAACCUUGGCCAAGCUCAAAGCAGAGGCUGCGAGCCUCGGCAUUACCGACGUCUCGGAUGGAGCAUAUAGUAGCGGCACCACGUAUCGGCCAUAUAGAGCUCGCGGGAGAGGUCGGGGUAUGCGUGGGGGCUACCGAGGUUUCAUGCGUGGCGGUCCUCCACGAGGAAGCAUGAAGCUUGAUCUUCGACCGAAGACGCUGCUGGUCAAGAAUGUCGGCGCCGGUGCUGAGCAAGCUGUACGGGAGUGGUACGAGACGAUGGGCCAGGUUGAAUCAGUGGAUACGACAGAUGAUGGAGAUGUGCUCGUUGCCUUCAGGUCUAGAGCUGCUGCAGAACAGGGCUUAGCAAAAGGCACGAACAUUCCGUCAAUUGGUCAGGUCCGGAUUUCAUGGCACAAUAAUCAGCAGACGGGCGCUGCAGCACAAAAAACAUCGUUACAGCUUCCAGAGGGAUCGUCGCCAGUGGAGGACAGAAUGGUCACCGAAGACCGCCCUCCGUCUCCGGCAGAAACGGACGAGGCUCAAUAUCAGGAGGAAUCCGCUCCUGCAUGGGCCGGUGACGAUGCGGAUGGAUUUAGAAUGCUUUGAUUGCGAGUCAUUUGGACAUCUUGCUGUCCCUCAUUUCUGUACAAUGCUUUUGCGACUCCACAAAUUCAUGAUCACGGAAGAUAGUGCUCCUGACGGACACUACAAAGAUGCUACUGAUGUGGCCUACUUUAUUCUCACUUCGUGGCCCAUCACACUGCACACAUGAAGGCGUUUGUUACCAUUGCAAAUGCUCUGCAAAUGUGUUCUGAAUCUAGAGUGUGACCUAUGCAACACUAUGCCCUAAUCAGGGAGAUCCACAUCCCAAAGAGGCAAUUAAUUACAAUUUAGUGUCA